GAAAAAGCCACAAAAAGCAAAGAAGAACCCGAAAGCAAGAUACGCAACACAACCAACACAAACAUGGGCAAGGACUACUACGCAACCCUGAACGUGAGUAAGGGCGCCACAGACGACGAGCUGCGCAAGGCGUACCGUAAGCUGGCACUCAAGUGGCACCCAGACAAGAACCCGAACAACAGUGACGAGGCCCAGAAGAAGUUUCAGGAGAUCGGCGAGGCGUACGAAGUGUUAAGCGACAAGAAGAAGCGCGAGAUCUACGACAUGUACGGCGAAGAGGGGCUGAAAGGCCAGCCUGCUGGACCUGAAGGACCCGAGGGAGGUGUGCCCGGUGGUAUGGAUGGAAUGGGUGGAAUGCCUGGAGGCUUCACGUACACGACGUCAACGAACGGCUUCCCGGGCGGAAGCUUCUCUUUCCACUCCACAGACCCGUCUAAGAUCUUUGAGCAAUUCUUCGGCACCUCCAAUCUUCACGAGGCUGAGGGUAGAGACCCCAUGGCCUCAAUGUUCGGCGACAUGGGCUUUGGUGGCAUGCGUGGCAUGAGGAGCGGGGGCUUUGGAGGCCACGAUCCCUUCGGCCAGCAGCGACAGCCACGUGCACAGCAGCUUAAAAGUGAGUUGGAAGUGCCACUGGAGCAACUGUACACAGGCUGCACAAAGAAGCUCAAGAUCACGCGUAAGGUACACGACCCGAGCUCAAACCAAAUGCGCGAGGAGCAGAAGAUACUGGAAAUCAGCGUAAAGCCAGGUUGGAAGGACGGCACGAAGGUGACUUUCGAGGGUCAAGGCGACGCUCUACCCGGCCGACCUGCUCAAGACAUCGUGUUCGUUAUCAAGCAGAAGCCGCACAACAAGUUCAAACGUGACGGUGACAACCUGCUGUACCACGCCAAGCUGUCACUCCGCGACGCUCUGCUGGGUAGUGGCACAUUGACAAUCAAGACGCUGGACGGACGCGAGGUGCCAGUUCCUCUUGGAGGAGUUAUCGCGCCUGGCACGCAGAUUGUGAUUGCUGGCGAAGGAAUGCCAUUGCAGAAGAGACCCUCGCAGCGAGGUAACCUGGUGGUGGAAUUUGACGUGCAGUUCCCCACCAAGUUGACGGAUGCGCAAAAGAACAUGGUGCGGCAGGCAUUGUAAGUGACCAUUUUGCUAGGAAAGCCCACAGCUAGGUCUAAGUAGGUGUGUACGUAAGUCAUUUAUCUAAAUUGCUGUAUAUGUUUUCUUCAUUACAAAUUAUAAUAAGCAUAUCAACGACAACUACUUAAUCAGA